GCAAGUUCAGGCAGGGUGUGUGACAGAGGAGAUAUGAGAAGAGUUCCCAAAGCAACAGGCACUCAGAACACAUAGAGAAGAUCACCCAGGAACACAGAGACACGGCAGCUUUAAAGACAUAAAAACAGCAGAGAGAUACAUUGCAUCGCAAAGGAGAAGAGAGUGAGAGAAUAAAAAAGAAAAGAUGGCGAUCGGAAAUAGUCCCAGAAACGGUUCCGUCAGGUCUCCAAAGUACCUGGACAAGAGUUCUGGGUUCUACUGUCGCCUGGAUGAGCCCGAGAUGGGAGGAGAGGAGGAGGAGCGGGGGAGAGAGGGGGACUGGGGGGGAUCGUGCCCAGCCACAGAGCUCUCUACAGGGGGAGAGACGGACCGGGGAGAAGCUGGGGUGUUUGACUUCAACGAGGGAAUGAUGGAAGAUGACGACACCACUCUCCUCCGAAGGAAACCCAGCCGGCUCAGCUCCCGCUGGAGAAGAAGCUCCAGGAAGGCCAAACCCCAGGCGAUCUCCCCUAAGCAGGGGGACCAGAUCCUGGGUACGGAGAUUGAGGCCCCUGUCCUGGAGGUCACUGCGGUGGAAGUGAGAAGGAGCCGCUGGGGGAGGAGCACCGGGAAGAAACAGGGAGCCGAGCCCCUGACGGUCUCCCCCAGGGAGGAGGGCCCGAUCCUGGGUACGGAGAUGGAGACACAGACCCCUGUCCUAGAGGUCCUGGAGGUGGAGGUGAGGGUAGAGACUGAAGAAGGACAGAGGGAGAAAGAGAGAACAGAAGAGGAGAGGACACUGGUCCACUUUGCGAGCAGAGAAGAAGCGGAUGACCAGGUUCUGAUAAAGGACAAUAAGAGAGGGAGGGAAGAAGAGAAGGAGGAGGAGAUGAAGAGACAGGAGGAGAUGAAGGUGAUGAGGAAGAGGAGCACGCUGAAGAACUACCGCAAGACUUUCGACCGAGCGUUCCGUCGAGGGUGGGAGACCUUCGUCACUAACCUGUACAGCGUGACGCUCACACCUGACUCAUCAUCAUCAUCAUCAUCGUCACCAUCAAGGGAGAUGCACCAUUCCUCAGCAUUAGCAGAAUACAGAUAGGAUUCACAAACCUGUUCAUCUAAUCUGUAAACUGCAAUUGUUCCAAUCAGGUUAUGUAACGCCCAUAUUGUAAUUUGAGAUUGAGGCUGGCUUGGACAGAGCGUUGCGUUUGUGUUCUCAACGCAAAUGACCUGUGUUUACCUCAAUGUAUGGUUCAGUUGAUUAAUCAAUCAGUGAUAUUGAUCUAGUACAUACGGGUUUAUCAAUGAUCAAUAUGAACAGCACCCGGUUAACACCAGGAAGUACACAAAGUUUAACUCAUUCUUAUUCUGAAUUCCAAAAUAGCACACUAUUGUACUAGUGCACUAAAUAGGGAAUGGGUUUAAUACUUCCUCACAGGGUGAAGUGCAUACCUCUCUGGAGGACCGUCUGCAGGGUGGUUUCAGUGUUGUGCAACCUGAGGGAUAAAGUAUGUUUCACUAUCCAUGUACCUAAUGAACGCAGCCCAAGAUGAGACCUGAUAACGUAUGUUUCACUACCCAUGUGCCUAUUGAACGUAGCCCAAGAUGAGACCUGAUAAAGUAUGUUUCACUACCCAUGUGCCUAUUGAACGUAGCCCAAGAUGAGACCUGAUAACGUGUUUCGCUACCCAUGUACCUAAUGAACGUAGCCCAAGAUGAGACCUGAUAACGUAUGUUUCACUAUCCAUGUGCCUAUUGAAUGUACCCCAAGUGUGUUAUGUUUGUUUCAUAAAAGGACUAUGG